CCUAGACAACCUCAUCAUCAAAAGUGCCUAUAUCCACAAAUCCCAUAUGCGCCUACUCAUUGAGCGAUGGCGCCGGAAGCAAAGACCGUGAAAAAGGACCCUCGAGCUUGGGAUGCUUUAACACCCCCGUUGGCAGAAUGGAUCCUGGAUGCCGUGUCAAGUAUGGGUUUUGCGCGGGCUACACCCGUUCAGGCCAGCGUAUGGCCUCUUUUUGGAGGGGGAAAUAAGGAUGUCGUUGUAGAGGCGGUUACCGGUAGCGGAAAGACUCUUUCGUUUCUUCUACCUCUCGUCCACAGAAUUUUGCGACUGGACGAACCUACGAAACGACAUCAUGUAGCCGCCAUCAUUGUCGCGCCCACCAAAGAGCUUGCAGGUCAGAUCCACGGCACGCUAUCUUCGCUCCUAGCCUUCCACCCCGAAUCUUCCGUGUUGCUGCCCCAUCUCAAUGGCGAGGAGAAGAGACCAGAGACGAGCUCGCCGGUUAUCGUGCCGCAGCUCCUCUCCGGCGGCAAUACCACAACCCCUGCGCAAGAUCUUAGCUUUUUCCUGCGCGCGUCGCCGAACGUCUUAAUAUCGACUCCUGGUCGAUUAGUCGAGCUCCUCUCCUCUCCUCACGUCCACUGCCCACAAUCCUCUUUCGAGCUUCUGAUCCUCGACGAGGCGGACAGGCUUCUUGACCUGGGCUUCAAAGCAGAUCUGCAGAAGAUCCUUUCGCGGCUACCGAAACAGAGAAGAACGGGUCUCUUUAGCGCCAGCGUUAGCGAGGCAGUAGGCGAGAUUAUCAGAGUCGGUCUGAGAAAUCCUGUCAAGGUUGCAGUCAAAGUGAAGAGUCUAAAGACGGGCGGUAUUAUUGAGGAGCGGCGAACACCCGCAAGCCUUCAGAUGAGUUACCUAACUACACCUGCUAGCCACAAAUUACCAAGUCUAGUCCAGCUCCUAGAGAAGCUAGACCCGCGACCACAGAAAAGCAUCGUAUUCCUCUCUACAUGCGCCGCCGUCGAUUACUUCACGCACGUCCUCCCCGCGCUUCUCCCCGAGGGCUUCGAUCUAGUUUCUCUCCACGGAAAAUACGAAGCCAAGGUGCGGGAAAAGAACUUCGCCAAGUUCCUCAACGCGAUCCAGCCCUCGAUCCUGCUCACCACCGACGUAGCCGCCCGCGGUCUCGACUUCCCACAGGUCGACCUCGUCGUUCAGAUCGACCCGCCUUCGGAUCCGAAAUCGUUCCUGCAUCGUUGCGGUCGCGCCGGGCGGGCGGGGCGCCGGGGCCUCAGCGUCAUUUUCUUGCAGCCGACGGAGAUGGACUACGUGCCGUUCCUGGAAGUGCGCAAGACGCCCAUCACGCCGCUCGAGUACCCGCCCAUCUCCACAAGCGACGCCGACGCGGACACGACGACCUCGCGCAUCCGCGAGACGGUCAGGCGCGACCGCGCGCUGCACGACAAGGCGCAGAAGGCCUUCGUCAGCUGGGUGCGCAGCUACAGCAAGCACACGGCAUCGUCCAUCUUCCGCGUCGCGGACCUCGACUGGACGGACCUGGGCCACGCCUGGGGGCUCCUGCGCCUGCCCAAGAUGCCGGAGCUGCGCAAGUUCGAAGGGGACAAGUUCCUCGGGGUGGAGAUGGACUGGAACGCGUACGCGUACGCCAAGAAGGACCGCGAGAAGCAGCGCCUGGCGGCCCUGCAAAAGAGCGCCGAGCAAGACGCGGCGGCGGGGAAGACGGCCGAGGCCGAGGGGCAGAAGGAGCGGCGGAAGCGGAACGCCGAGGCCUGGAGCGCGAAGCACGAGAAAGAGGACGAGCGGGCCGAGCGGCGCGAGAAGAAGAGGCGGAAGCGCGAGGCGGGGCGGAGGCUGGGUCUUACGGAGGAGGAGAGGGCGAAGGAGAUGGAGCUCGAGCGCCUGCUGGAGGAGGUGCGGCGGAGGAAUAAGGAGAAGUACGCUUCGGAGGCUAAGGGGCUAGGAGAUGCUGCUGGGAACGGGGACGAUGAUGAAUUUCAAGGCUUUGACUAAGGUAAACCUACAACAAAGUUAGAAAAAAGGAUGGUGAAUGUUGAUACCCCUAGAGUACCUUACAGAUAUGGCUAAUGGAUUGGAUGACAAAAGUCGCGAGUACACCACGAUGCUACUUGAAGCGAUUGGUACGAUAUAUAUCAACAAUUGAUGAUUAAUAAUAUGAACUAUACUAAGCCAGGCUAGCUAGCUAGCUAGUCGAGGAGUAAACUAAACUACUUAGCUUACGAUAUUCUCCAUGUUGACAAUCCGAGCCGACAUAACAAACCCCUCUCCUCCGCCUCCUACAUACAGACAAUAAGAUAGGUAACAUUAGAAGCAU